AUGACAAACAAUUAUAUUUUUGAUAAGCAAUACUGGGAACCAAUUUACGGACCAACAUUCACUACCGCAGUGCUUAGCCCAUUAGCAGUUAACGUAGCCCUCAACAAGAACAUCAUUGCCAACAUAACAUGUGGAAGCACGGGACCUGAGACCUAUUACGACCAUAGCCAGGUUCUCCUGGACCCUUCGAUGCGGACCAUUCAGUCUUGCGCUGACCCCUCAGUGCGCCCUGCUGCGGCUAUGGUGGACGGUAACCUGUCGACUUGGUGGCAGAGUACGUCCCGGCGACAACUUUAUUUGGCUGGAUACGGAUACCCGAACCAAGACGCCAUAAUUGUCAUCGAUCUUGAACAGAGAUAUGAAAUAGACGAAAUCCUCCUGCAAUUCGGCGACUCAAAACGGCCGAAGAGAUUUUCAAUUGAGAGAUCAGAUGAUGGCAUUAACUACAUACCCUGGGUAAUCCGAGAGUCUGACCAGGCUGACUGCAGCUCGACAUACGAGAAUUUACCAUCUAAAGUUGAUUCUAUCAUCUGCAGGAGUUACGGUGCACCAAAGGAGACCAACUAUGAAUCGAUAAGAACCGAUUUGUCAUCCGUUCCAGGAUACUUGGCUCAACAUUACACAGUUCGUAACUUGGAGGUGCAUGCCGAGUGUAUCUGUAACGGCCACGCCGAUGCCUGUGACUACAGUAACAUCACAGGCAACUUUGAGUGUGUUUGUGGCGACAACACCCAAGGAAGGCAAUGCGAUCAGUGCUUGCCUGCCUUCAAUCAGAAGAAGUUCAAAUACGGAGCAACCUGCGAAGGCUGCAACUGCUUCAACCACACCGAUGCCUGCUAUUUCAACCAAUCAGUGGCCGACCUUGGUCUCAGCCUCAACUUGGAGGGAAAGAAAAAUGGCGGUGGUGUCUGCCAAAACUGCGAUCACAACACGACCGGCAUCAACUGUGAGAAAUGUGUUGAUUUCUUCUACCGCCCUCUUGGCCGCUCCCAGGGAGCAGGGGAUGCCUGUAUCCCUUGCGGCUGCUUUGAUGACGGUAUUGUCAUGAACCUGGAGACUGGGCGUUUUGGAGAUUGCAUCAUGAAUGAUGAUGGCAUUAUGCCUUUCGGAAAGAUCCCAGGGGAUUGUCUCUGCAAAACCAACGUAGCCGGGCCGAAAUGUGACCAGUGCAAACCAGAAUAUUUCAACUUGACAAUGAAGAAUUCAAAUGGCUGUCAAGACUGCCUCUGUAAUGUUCCUGGUACGAUCAACAGCAGUAACGUGUGUUCAGGAGACAUCAUGGGUCAGUGUCCAUGUAAAGCGAAUGUCAUCCACAGGCAGUGCAACGAAUGUCGGGACCAGUUCUACAAUCUUACUGACUCAAACACAGAUGGAUGCAGUUCGUGUGACUGUGACGUAGGCGGCUCAACAUCACCCAUCUGUGACAAGACAUCAGGACAAUGCACAUGUCGCAGUGAUUUAACAGGACGAAUGUGUGACAGAUCUGUUGAUGGGUUUUAUUCGGUGACCGCCUAUUUCAUCGCCGGAGAGUUUGAAACUGCAGUAUCCGAUCAUGAUAUUCUACACGAUGACACCUUAAAUGGAUUCAUGGGACCUGGCUACAUCAGCACUCAAACUGGGGACCAGAUUAUUGCACUCCCAGAAGAGUUUGCAACCCCUGAUGCUUUGGGAAGCAGCCUUGCGGACCAGUUUGUCAAAGACUGUGGAAUCCUCACGGACGGCAGCAUGUCCGAUGAUGCCUUCUGCCGGAAGCAGAUGUUUUCUCUAAGUGUUAUCUACAUGGACGGUGGUGUGCCAUGUGGGUGUGACGCUGUAGGAAGCCUCGAUAAAACAUGCGAACAGUAUGGCGGGCAGUGUCAUUGCAAGGCUGGCGUGACUGGAAGAACGUGCGAUGUGUGCAUGCCUGGGUUCUACAACUUGACUUCUGCAGGCUGCCAGGCUUGUGACUGUGCUGCUGACAACAAGAACUGUUUGAGAACCACCGGACAGUGUUUGUGUCCAGCAAACACAGAAGAAAGGAAAUGCGAUACUUGCGUUGUAAAUCACUGGAAUUGGCACACUACGAAAGGUUGCGAGGCUUGUAACUGCAAUGCAACAGGCUCUGUCAGCCUCCAAUGUACCCUUACCUAUGGACAAUGCUCGUGUAAACCUGGUGUGGAUGGUUACAAGUGUGAACAGUGUGCAGAUGGAUACAAUCACUACAGCGAAAGUGGCUGCAUGGAUUGUGGGUGCGAUAUGGACGGUAGUCUAAGCAGUGUCUGCGACAAGGGGUUUGGACAAUGUUCGUGUAAGACUAACACGGAAGGCUUGACAUGUGACCAGUGCAAGUCGGGCACCUUCUUCAACAAUGAGGACCACCCCAACGGCUGUCUUGACUGCAUCUGCAUGGGAACUACAUCGAAUUGUAGCAGCACGUCUUGGAAACGCCAAAAGGUUGACUUGUUCACGGAGGGCUCCUUCUUCCUGAUGAAUGGCCCCAAAAUGUUCAGUCACAACGUCACAGUAGAUCCAGCAACAGGUCGGACACAUCUCUCAGCAAACAUGGCCGGUGCAUCCACGGAACGGUUAUUCUGGUGGCCAAUGGGGGUACCAUUCUCCGGGAAUCUACUUGGUAUCUACAAAGGAGUGGUCUCUUUCGAAGUGCAGUACACCGCACAAGGCGCAGGAACUCCAUCCUAUUCUAGUGCAGCCCUCUUGGGAAAGAACGGAGCCAUUUUCUACCAUAACGUUACAGCUUUAGCAGACGAUACGAUGACGACGGUCAAUAUCAGCAUGUGGGAACAUGAUUGGUCAAUGGAGGGAAGCAGUCGGAAUCCUUCACGGAAACAGUUCCUGCUUGUGCUACAGAACGUGGAAAUGAUUCUUUUCCCAGCUACAUUUUUCACAGGUUCACAUAUAUCAAAGCUUUUCGGUGCGAGUUAUAACAUCGCAAUGUCAAACAGCUCAUCAAUGGUUCCAGCACUUGGUGUUGAGCAGUGCCAGUGUCCAACGGCUUACGAUGGUUUGUCGUGCGAGAGAUGUGCUUAUGGUUUCAAGAGAGCGAACGUCUCUAGCCAUGACUUCCUCGGUGUGUGCGUUCCCUGCGAAUGUAACGGGCACUCGAGCAACUGUGAUGCGGACACUGGAAAGUGCAUUGCCUGCCAACACGACACCACAGGUUUUAACUGUGAUCAAUGUCAGUCCGGUUUCUAUGGAGAUGCUAGCGUAGGCACGCCUACUGAUUGUACUGCGUGUCCCUGCUACUCACCAAGAGUAGUCAACUCGACUUGCCAAGAGGUUGGAGCAGUGGUGAAAUGUUCAUAUUGUAACACUGGUUAUAUCGGUGAUAGAUGUGACGGCUGCGACGACUUCUACUAUGGAAACCCAGAUGUAGCCUUCACUGGCCAAUGCCAAAGAUGUAAUUGUAAUGGCAACACAGAUAGAUGUAACAUCACCAAUGGCCAGUGUAUCAGCUGCGGCUUCAAUUCGGAUGGUUUCAAUUGUGAAAGAUGCGCCGAUGAAUUCUUUGGUGAUGCAACCACACAGGUCUGCAGUGGCUGUAAUUGUAACAUGGACGGGAGUCUCAGUAAGGUGUGUGACUAUGCCUCAGGAGCCUGCCAGUGCCUGCCGGGUGUUGUUGGCCGUGUGUGCGACCAGUGUGAUGUCAACCACUAUGGUUAUACAUACGUGGCAAACAUAACUGGUUGUGUGGAUUGCAAAUGUAACGCAGCUGGUUCGGCCUCGCUUCAGUGUGACCUUGAUACUGGUAUCUGUAACUGCCAUCUGAAUGCAAGUGGUGACAAAUGUGGCUUAUGUGCCUUCGGUUCUUGGGGUUUACCUUAUCAACAAUGCCAAAGUUGCAGCUGUGACGCAAAUGGAACCAACCCUGCGACCCCCUGUGACAGGAUGUUUGGUCAGUGCAAUUGCCGCCCCGGUGUCCGGGGCCGAGACUGUGACGAGUGUAUGAAAAUGCAUGUGGACUUCAGCGACUCUGGCUGCAGAAGCUGUGACCGCUGUGAGUUUACCCUAAGAUCGCAAACUGACCAACUCCAACAGAACUGGGAGGUGUACUGGAAUACGUCCACCAUGGUAGCAGAAGUAAUGGUCAUUGAUAAAGAAAUGGAGGCCAUGAGAGCCGGCCUGAACGAAACGCUGGAAAAGCUUGGUGUAUCUGGACAGUCUUUAGGUAGCAUUUUGAAGAGACUGGACAACAUGACACAAAUCGAGCCGAGAAUUAACGCCUCUGUUGGCAAUCUAAUGUCGCAGGUCUAUCUGUUGAUGUCCAACGCUUAUCAACUUGAGAAUGUCACCCUGGAAGAGACUAUACGACUGGCGACAUUGAGGCAAGGCAUUCUUGAUACACAGGCACAACUUGUCCUCACGCUGCAAAAGGCAUCCAAGGUCGAAGGAGACUUACUGCAGCAUAACAAGAGCGCGCAAGAGAUUUUGGUGGCCAGCAAGAAGAUUGACACUCAGCUUGACAUCACACUCGUCCAAAACCUACAGAUUAUAGUCAAUGAGACUAUUCUCUCGGACCAGGCCGUACAGAUGACUGGUGACAGGCUCCAAGGUGCUUCUGAACAGAAUCAGUUCCUUUCGAACCUAGAUCAGCAGAGUCACGUCAUCGACGACAAAUAUGCAUUAUUGAAUCAAAGUUAUGAUGGUGUAACUAUGGACCUGACUGCUAUUGAAACAACUGGCCAGGACACACUUGUUGUUCUCAAUGAAACAAUGCAUCACAAAGAAUUUGCUGAGCAUCUCUUCCUUGAGGUUGCAUUGGGCCUGAACUACACUGAUUACAUACAUCGUACCACUGUUGGCCUGUUCAGUGAUGGAGCUAUUGCAUUUGAUGAGGCUCAAGCCGCUGAACAAUCAUGGAUGGUGUCAUCAGCAACACUCUCAACCAGUAUUAACUCCACAUCAAGUGUGCUGGCAAUGAAUGCUGUUGAAGUUGAAAAAGCCGAGGCUUGGAUUGUCAAUCUUACAACGCAUGCUGACGAAAUCAAUCGCCUGUACGAAGAAGUAAAACCCAAGGGUGAGACUGCUGUCGAGGCCAUCACAUACUAUGAGACCGUGGUAGCACUUAUCAACCAAUCACUGACCUUAGCCAUGUCGGCCAAUCAGACCAUGAUGCAGGCAAUGGAGGCAAUUGAUAACAUCACUUUGCUCAACCUGGAAUUACAAGCCAAUGAGUCUAAGAAAGCCAGUGAAGAGUUGAUGGCGGAGGUUGCUAAGAGUUUGGUAUCUUCAGCAGGUAUGAAAAAUAAUGUCAACAGCAAAUCUAUAUAA